AGUAAUCUACACAAGAACUGUAUUAAAUGUGCCCUCAACUCGUUCAUAUGUUAUGAAGUUUGUUUAAUCUAAAUUGGAUGUUAAUAUUUUUUGCUUAAGUUUAAAUGUGUUAAAAUACAUUAGAAAAAUGGCAGAUGGACCAUCACCAAACAAAAAAUUGAAAGUAGACGAUUCAUCACCACUGCCAGUUUGCCCUUACGGAGCAAGGUGUUAUCGCAAAAAUCCACAACAUCAUAAAGAGUUUUCACAUCCAGCCGCCUCAAGCAGUGUUACAGAUGUGCCACCACCCGCCCCUGCUCUGUCUGUACCACCAGAUGCCAGUUUACUUCCACCCUGCAAGUAUGGGGCAAGCUGCUACAGAAAAAAUCUACUGCACUUUGCUGAAUUUUCUCACCCGACAUCAGGCCCGGUCAAUGACGAGGAUGGAGGUGAUACAGAUGUCUAUAGUUCAGAAGAAGAUGAUAAAAACAAUAAACCUGUUCAAAAAGAUGAUAUACUGAGUCGGGGGAUGUCCCUAGUGAAAAAGUUUUCCCAAAUGACUGACGAAGAACGCAAAGAGCUAAUCAAGAAAGCAUUUGAAGAAAAGUUGCGGUUACAGAAAGAGCUUGAGAAUGCCAAAAAAGUUGUAGCAGAGAAGGACAAGGAGCUGGAGCAUCUACAGAAGCAGCUGAACAAUGGUUUACUUAUGUUGGAAGGGGAGGAGGAAGCCUUGAAGCUAACUACCACAACCUAUUUUCCUCUUUGGCCAGAGAGAGCUUACAAAGAAGGAUCUGCCAGCCAAAUACAUUUCAGACUGGCAGAGUCACAGUUCUACAGGCUGUUGACAGGGGAUGCUGCUUCAGUCAUAAGAGUAACAAAAGUUGAAUAUGUUGUGUCCCCCAAAGUUGUGAAAAGGUUUAGAGAAUAUCAAAAAGAAUUAAAAACAACAAGAGGUGAAGAAUUCUCAUACACAGUUCUAGGGUUUCAUGGCACUGAUCAGAAAAAUAUUAGACCUAUUUGUGAAAAUGGUUUCAAAGCACCAGGUGACAAAGGCUUCAGACAUAAGACAGACGCAGGCUGGUACGGUGCCGGGGUCUACUUCAGUGAGUUUACGUAUUAUUGUAUGGGUUACAUCGCAGGAUGCUCAGAGCUUAUGUUGUGUCAGGUUCUGCCAGGAAAGGUUUAUGAAUGCCCAAAGAUGAUCACUGGUGCGUCUUUGAAGCCUGGCUAUGAUUCGCACAUGUCACCCUGUAAAAAAGAGCUUGUUAUUUUCAACACGGCAGCCAUUUUGCCUUGCUACAUUAUUUACUUCUGUAAUGCAGAGGGAGCUUUCCAGUACACCUCACCAGGGGAUAGUCCAGACAAAGUCAUUCAAGCAUACAAUGAUGCUAUGCUUGUACCAGUUAGCAAAAUUUUUGGAGGCAUGACGGUUAUGGUGCUGGGUAAAAUGGCAACCACUCAAGCCAAUUUGUUUACCUUGGUUACCAAACAUGGUGGGAAAAAAGGCUCCAAGUCAAAGUUUGACAUACUGGUUACUACACCUGACCAAUACACUGGAACUGAUUCUCUUGUCCUGAAGGCCAAAGAUCUUAAGGUCCCUAUUGUUAAAGAGUCCUAUAUCUACCAGUCCAUCAUUCAGAAGAAGAAACUUCCACCAGCAGGUUUCCAGCUUUCUGUCUAGCAGUCUGGCUGGUUUUAAUGAUGCUCUAUCUUUCUAAACGUGAACCAGGAAGUAAUUGCUGGUUUUAAUGAUGCUCUCCCUUUCUAAACGUGAACCAGGAAGUAAUUGCUGGUUUUGAACUGAAAACCCUUCACUGCCUUAGAUGUAGGUGCUGUUGAAAAGUAAUGCUUUAAGUAAUAAAUAGUUGUAAUAUAAUGAAGAAAAAUUACUGUAUAAGAACAAGACCUUACUUUUCUGUCUUGAAAUAUGGAAAGGCUUGUUUUCUGUCCUUUACACAGGUCUAGCUUUAAUAUACAGUGCCUACCUCAAAAAGAUAGUCCACUAAUUUCAUGCAACAUUACACAUUCACCCUGGUCCCACUAGUAGUCUAUACAGCAGUUCACAAAAACAAUAGCAGGAUCAUACACUAAAACACUGAUAGUUCAGAAAAACAAUAGCAGGAUCAUACACUAAAACACUGAUACAAACAGGCUUUGUUUUGUCAGGUAUUGCCCGAGGUUUUGCAUGCUCUCUGUCUGUACAUGAAUUUCACAAUGUUGUGACAUGGGCAGUGAGUAAAGUACCCUCUCAGUGAUCCAUAGCAGUUUUCCCUCUCAGCUGCGCACUAGUUAAGAACUGCCACUCAGUUAUUUUGUAAAAUUUAUACAUCCUUGUAUAGAACUUUUAGAACACGGCACACACAAAAUACAUAAACACAUGAUGCACAUUAUCUUUUUCCCUAUAAGUCAGAUAUAGUAGAGAGUAUCUGUUUUCUCUGUUUAAGAAGAUAUAGUGUGGUCAGCAUUACAACAGGUUUUCUUUUAACAUAAGUCUGAUGGCCAUCUGAGUUAGUUGGACAUUGUAUGGAUUCAAUUCUUGUAAACUAGAAAAUUAGGGGUGGGUAGUAUGCUCUUGACAACACUAUCAAACAUGAUGGGUAACAUCAAGUGAUAUCCCAUUGUCAUGUCAUCUGUGCAUCAUUGUACCAAAUAUCUUUAAGUCAGUUCACGCUUGCACCAUUGUAGGAAAUAUCCCAUUGUCAGUUCAUCAUUGUAUGAGAUAUCCCCUUGUCAGUUCAUCAUUGUAGGAGAUAUCCCAUUGUCAGUUCAUCAUUUUAGGAGAUAUCCCAUUGUCAGUUCAUCAUUGUAUGAGAUAUCCCAUUGUCAGUUCAUCAUUGUAGGAGAUAUCCCAUUGUCAGUUCAUCAUUGUAUGAGAUAUCCCAUUGUCAGUUCAUCAUUGUAUGAGAUAUCCCAUUGUCAGUUCAUCAUUGUAUGAGAUAUCCCAUUGUCAGUUCAUCAUUUUAGGAGAUAUCCCAUUGUCAGUUCAUCAUUUUAGGAGAUAUCCCAUUGUCAGUUCAUCAUUGUAUGAGAUAUCCGAUUGUCAGUUCAUCAUUGAAUCAAAUAUCCCAUUGUCAGUUCAUGCUUGCAUUACUAAAAGUCUAUUGUUGCAAGAAUACAUUCCUUUUGUUAUAAAUAUUAUAAUAAUUCAUUGUUAUAUUUUACACGCAAAUACAGUUAGGUGUGAAAUAAUUUUUAAUUAUAUUAAUUAUAUUUUAUUUAAUGUGCUUAGUACAGAAAAUUAUACUGUGUUAUAGUUUCUAAUAUGCAAUAUAAAAAAUGUGAUACACCCAGUUUACUUACUUUGCUUUUUUUAAAU